AUGAUGCUUGGGAGAAACUUCCCCAAAGCCUUCUGCAUUGGGCUGACUGUGAUCAUUGCCUUCGAUAUCCUUCUGGUAUUUUACACCAAGGGAAGCUUACAAAGCUUGACUGUGAGUAUGCUCCACAAGGGUCUUCUUUUGCCUUUGGCUGAGCACGAUGGGGCAGUGAUAAAGAGCUCUCACUUGGAGGGAGAUUUUCAACAUCUAAAAGAAGCUAUGAAAUCGGCUAUGAAGCGACAAGAAAAUGUUAACAACACACAAAAGCAGGCAGUGGCAGCCAAGAUGAGUGAGACAAAGCACAAAUUCCACAAGAAACUCUUCCCAAACUCACAGCUUUUUAAGCAGUGGGGUGAGGGGCUUUCUGAGGCCCAACAGAAAAAGACCCAAGACCUCUUCCAGAAGUUUGGUUACAACGUUUACCUCAGUAACGAGUAGCCCCUCAAUCACACCAUCCUAGACACACGAGAUUCCAGAAUUCCUAUAUGGCAGUGUGGAGGGAAGAUCAAGAUCUUACCUUGCUCCUUGAUUGCUCACCUAAAGAGACACCACAAGCCCUACGCCUUGGAUUUGAGCAAUGCUUUGAAAUGCAACGCCCUGCGAGUAGCCGAAAUCUGGAUGGAUGAGUACAAAUACAUGGUCUACUUGGCCUGGAACGUGCCUCUUGAGAACUCUGGAAUCGAUUAUGGAGACAUUUCUUCCACAAAGGCACUCCGGGAGAAACUGAAAUGUAAAAGUUUUGACUGGUACCUGAAAAAUGUUUAUCCACUCCUGAAGCCCAUCCAUAGCAUUGUCGGCUAUGGAAGAAUGAAAAACACAUUGGAUGAAAGUAUCUGCCUCGAUCAGGGACCUGUUCCAGGCAACACCCCUGUCAUGUGUUACUGCCAUACAUUCAGUCCACAGAAUGUCUACUACCACCUAACAGGGGAAUUCUAUGUGGGAGCAUUGAUUGCAGAGACAAAUACUGAGGAUCGCUGCUUGACCGACCUUGGCAAAGGGGAGAGUCCCACUUUACAGCCGUGUUCCAAGGCAGUCAAAAAUGGACUGCACAUAUAUUGGGAUUUUAAACCAGGGAAGCCCAUCAUAAACUGGGCCACGAAACGGUGUCUGGAGAUCAAGAAGGACACUUCAGGUACCUCUGUGCCUGUGCUCCAGACCUGCACCACACAAGUGUGGAAAAUACAGUACACCAUCAGGAACUGGGGAUCAAACUAA